UAUAUGAGUGAUGGGGUAUGAAUGUGGUCAAACGGCGGUAGCACUGCCACCGCGCUUUAGGCUGACCACAUGCAGGCCUUCCGCAGAUCCCGCCGUUUGGCUCAUUGAAAGAUGUUCCCCACGGCAGAUGGCCUGUAUCAACUCACAUGAGCAGGACUCAGGAGCAAUAUUGUGCGCACACAGAAUAUUUUCAUCGAAUCCCCGACAUUCUCAGAAUACAAAUGUCGGCUUUGAUCGUCGCCUACCAAAUUUCCCGGGCACCACCUAGAACUUCUACCCAGGGCACUGAACACUCCAGGCAAGUCAAACGGGGAGCUGGGGUGGAAAUCGGCUACUGGAUGGUUCCGGAUGGAUGUGGCCCACAUAAUGGGCAGGGAUGGGCAGAAUGGCAAAUACUUUAUUCGGGUGUAUUGAACGGGGCAGGAGAGGGUGAAACGCCGCUAAGACAAGAGAUCACCAGAAUGUCCUCCCCCUUGCAGAAUGCGUCUUCUAGCACAUUUGACGCGUCAAUCCUCACCCUUCAGGCCGACUUUUCCAGUGGCCUCACCAUUUUGACAACAGCUCCCACUGCCAAUGAAUUCCUCAGAGCUACAGAGGGUCCAUUUGCGGAGUUGAAAGAGCUAGUUAUGCAGCAUACUUCAAUUGCAAACAGACCACGAUUUCAACCCCUCGCCCCCCCGGAGAAAAUUUUGAAGGAGAUUGUGCAGAAGAUAUGGGGUCAUUCAUCUGUUCAGACAGUUGAUGAUAUUGGCGAGAUUCUAGAGAACGGACACGUCACAGAUGAUUUGAGCCUCGAAGUUUUUUUGGAAGCUUGCAUCGCAGGCUAUGCCAAGAAAAGGGAGAGGUCACCCCAAGAAGUCAUGAAACGUUUCCGAUUACACAAUCCUUCCGAAGCGGGCCAAACGGCCUGGCAGGCAUGGCUCAAGCUUCACCCUGGAAUUGAUAGUCAAGAGGCUGCAAGGCUGCGUAAAUCACACCAAGAAGCUGUUGAGAAGCACUACCCCGAUUGCACGGCAGAGGUGAAUGCAUUUUACGAAAAAGUCCUGAUACAUUGUGGAGACAUUGUUUUGUCAAAGGAUGAAAGGGAUGCUAAACCCAACGAAGGCCUCUAUCUGUUGCAGAAGGUAACCGGAAAGUACGCCGCUCAGCUUGCCGCACUCAGCACCAUUCACCCCAUUGGUGUGGCUGUAGUGGGAUUCAUAGCAGAUGACACACUUUCCCCUCGAGACUCGACUAUCGCUUUUACUAGCUCUCCGAUGAUCGCGGAAAUGGUCAAAGCUAUGGGCCUACCCCUUGCAGAGGAUGCCACAUUGGCGAUGAGAAACUUUUACGAUGGAAUAAAGGCAUUCAGGUACGGGUUUAUGUUUAGAAGGGUACUGUUGGCUUACUUGUAUCCCCUCAGCCCAUAUCAACCUGAUGCCAUCAAACAGAGAGACUUCCUUCAUCAUCUUGGAGCAUUUAACAACUCCAAAACGUCUACCAGCGAGGUGUUUGGGGCCUCUGGUCUCAUGAAGUCCAUUGUGACGCAGGCGAAGCAAAGCGUCCAUUUCAGUGAUGAUCUGGACCGAUAUUUGGGUAACACUACUGCGAAAUCAGAGGUUGAGUGUGAUGCAGAGGACGUGGAUUAUCACACACCUUUAUUGAAGAUGAAGGAAGGCCUGAGCACUAUAGACUGGGCAUAUGGGGCGCAUACCGUUCGCCGCACUGAUUGUGCUGGGAAGCUCAAAGCCAUGAUUUGUAUGUCCUACUUUUGCAGCACUAUCCGCUUUGCUCAUUGGUGA